GUUGAGGUGUCUGCAGCCCCGCGUCGCAAUUAUGGACUUCCUGGAGGCAGAGGGAGGCUGGAGCCUGUCCUUCUCAGGCGCCGGCUACUUGGGCCUCUAUCACGUGGGCGCCACCCAGUGUCUGCGCGAGCGAGCGCCGCGCCUCCUUCAGGGCGCCAGCCGCUUCUAUGGCUCCUCCUCGGGCGCGCUCAACGCUAUGAGCAUAGUCUGCGGCAAGUCGGCAGACUACUGCUGCUCUCAUCUCUUGGGCCUGGCAAAGCACGUGGAGAGGCUGAGCCUGGGCAUCUUCCAUCCGGCCUAUGCACCCAUUGAGCACAUCAGAAAACAGCUGCAGGACACCCUACCUGACAAUUGCCACAUCCUGGCUUCUCAGAAGCUGGGCAUUUCCUUGACCCGAUGGCCGGAUGGCCAGAACUACAUAGUCACUGAUUUUGCCACCCGGGAUGAACUCAUCCAGGCUCUGAUCUGCACCUUGUACUUCCCGUUGUACUGUGGGACGAUCCCCCCAGCGUUCAGAGGGGAGCGUUACUUUGAUGGGGCUUUGAGCAACAACCUGCCCUUCAACGAUUCCCCCACCACUAUCACCAUCUCUCCUUUCAACGGGACAGUGGACAUCAGUCCCAACAGCACCUCAGCCAAUCUGAAUGAGCUAACCGCCUUCAAUGCCAGUUUCCAGAUAUCUACCAGGAACUUCUUUAUGGGGUUAAUGUCAUUGUUCCCCCCCAAGCCUGAGGUGGUGGCUGACUAUUGCAGACAAGGUUACCUGGAUGCCCUGAAGUUCCUGGAGAGACGGGGACUCACCAAGGAGCCAGUGCUGUGGUCGCUGGCAUCUAAGGAGCCUCCAGCCCUAGUGGAGAGGCCCAAGGGUGCUGACCAUGGCCAGGAUCAGAAGGCUGACCUGACUUUCAGGUGGGGCAUUCCCAGUGUGCUGGUCAAAGAUGUGCCGGACUUUGAGCUGCUGUCACCGGAGCUGGAGGCCGCACUGAGGAAAGCAUGCAAGCGGGACUUCUGGGCCCGUGUCCAGUGCUCGCUGCCAGGGAGGGCACUGACCUACCUGUUACUGCCCUGUACGCUGCCCUUCGAGUAUGCCUACUUCCGGAGCAGGAGGCUGCUGCUGUGGCUGCCUGAGGUGCCAGAUGACCUGUGGUGGAUGCAGGGCCUACUGAAGAGUUCAGCCCUUGAGGUCUACUCCAAGGCAAAGAGACAGCUUCUCAGGCUGGGCAGCCCAUCUGUCACCAGUGCAGACUCUGGUCCCCUCAGGCUUGCUGAUCGUGCGCUGGGCUAGGCCAAGCACAUGUGUGACCUCCUGAACUCUGUCCACACUCUCAUCCUGUGUGCUCGUGCCUGUCUCUUGCUGUGGUGACUCUGGCAGGUAGCCUGUGUCAGGUUCAUCCUCCAGGGUCUCUGAGCCCAAGUCCCGGCUCAGGGAAGUUGUUGCGUUACUGACAAAAAGAUCUGGCUUCUUGCCCAUGCUGGGCCAUGGACUUCUUGUGUGGGCAGGUGGCUUCCUGGAGUAGGGACAAAAGCCCUCUGCACCUGCUCCUGGGACCUUAGGUCCCCAGGGCUACUCUAGAUGUCUCCAGGCUACUGUGUAUCCAGGCCACUGCCCUCUUCCUACUCUUUCUGUAAAGGGAGAAAAGAUACAAGCUAAGAAGACACAUCUCAGUUCUGGAUCUCCAUUUUGGAGACAAAGAAGGCACAGGUAUCCGGAAGAUGUGUGUUCUGCUCCAGAGCACUAGGC